CUCUCUCUCUCUCUGUUCUGACGUCACCAACCUGCAAUUGAACGAAUGAACUAACGAGCCACCGAGUCCCCAACCGGAGCUACCGGGAGGCAGAAGAAGAAGGAGAAGAAGAACCGUUUUUGCAGAGUCCGUGAGUCCCCCCCCAACACCCACCCACCUUCCUUCCACCUUCACCGCCAGAGAAACGGGAGGAAGGUCCGCCGUGCUUUUUGUUUUCUGGGAGGAAUCAAACGAUGCGUUAACACUUCAAACGAUCCACGAGAAAAAGAAAAAACCGUUACCGUGAUUUAACGACAGAAAGAAAAAGAAAGAGAGAGAGAGGACGGACGGACAUAUCAACACCAACUACUACUACUGAGAAACGGUUACCGUGUUUUGUCGGUGCCGUGGAGCAGAAAUUUAAAUGUUUUAACGGAGAGAGAGAGAGAGAAAGAGGGAGCUGCCCAGAGAAGGAGCGGAGAAGAAAGAAAGAAAAAGAAAAAGAAAGAAACGAGGAUUUGUUUCAUUGAAUCCAGCUUUUUUUAUUAUUAUUAUUAUUAUUAUUGCCUUCCCCUCCUCCUCCUCCUCUUCACCUCCUCCUCCUCCUCCUCCUCCUCUCUCUGUCUGUCUCUCUUUUUUUUUUUUUUUUUUUUUUUUUUCUCCUGCCGUGGAUCCCGGUCUCGGUAACGCUAUCAAGCUGUGUUCUCUAACCAUGGGAUGUACUCUGAGCGCAGAGGAGAGGGCGGCUCUGGACCGGAGCAAAGCCAUCGAGAAAAACCUCAAGGAGGACGGUCUGACCGCGGCCAAAGAUGUUAAACUGCUGCUGCUCGGGGCUGGAGAGUCAGGGAAAAGCACCAUCGUCAAACAGAUGAAGAUCAUCCACGAGGACGGUUUCUCCGGCGACGACGUAAAGCAGUACAAGCCUGUCGUUUACAGCAACACCAUCCAAUCUCUGGCUGCCAUCGUGCGCGCCAUGGAUACACUGGGCCUGGAGUACGGAGACAAAGAGCGGAAGGCGGAUGCUAAGAUGGUGUGCGACGUGGUCAGUCGCAUGGAGGACACGGAGCCUUACUCCGCCGAGCUGCUCUCCGCCAUGAUGCGCCUGUGGUCCGACUCAGGCAUCCAGGAGUGUUUCAGCCGCGCCCGAGAGUACCAGCUCAACGACUCAGCGCAGUACUACCUAGACAGCCUAGAUCGGAUUGGUGCGACAGACUACCAGCCUACAGAGCAGGACAUCCUGAGGACCCGAGUGAAGACCACAGGCAUUGUCGAGACACACUUUACCUUCAAAAACCUCCACUUCAGGCUGUUCGACGUGGGAGGUCAGAGGUCGGAGAGGAAGAAGUGGAUCCACUGUUUCGAGGACGUCACAGCCAUCAUUUUCUGCGUGGCGCUCAGCGGAUACGACCAAGUGCUGCAUGAGGACGAGACCACGAACCGCAUGCACGAGUCUCUGAAGCUGUUUGAUUCCAUCUGUAACAACAAGUGGUUUAAAGACACCUCCAUCAUCCUCUUCCUGAACAAGAAGGACAUCUUUGAAAAGAAGAUCACCAAAUCACCGCUGUCCAUCUGCUUCCCCGAGUAUACCGGUCCGGACACUUACUUGGAUGGAAUAGAUCACAUUAAGUGUCAGUACGAGAGCAAGAACAAGUCAACCAACAAGGAGGUCUACUCCCACGUGACCUGCGCUACAGACACCAACAACAUCCAGUUUGUCUUUGACGCUGUCACUGAUGUCAUCAUAGCAAAUAACCUGCGGGGGUGUGGCCUGUAUUGAUUCACUGUUGAACGUUGGAUGAAUGGAUGAAGAGUGCUUGACUUGAAGUUUAUCAGCGAUGUCCCAUGGGCUUUGUUCGUGAUGUCUGAUGAAGGCCGGCCAUUGAUCCAAUUUGACCCUUAAUUAAUGAUUUGAUUGGUUGAGUGGCUGGUUGGUUGGUUGGUUGGUUGAGAAUUCUUUUAACCUAUUUAUUUUCCACCUAAAGAAGACCCAGCAUUAAAUUACAACACUGUGCGUUGAAUUGUGCCAGACCUCCAAAUAUUUUGCUGGUUAAUGUCUGACUUGGUACUUCAGGGGUGUAAGGUGUCUGAGACUUGUUGACAGGUACAUUUAGUGUUGCAUUUCUCAAAGAACUAGACUGUAAAGUACAGUAUGUGCAGCCAUCUUCACCAGCAGUCCCCAAAAAAGUGGAAUAGGAAUCACUUCUCUACCUUGAAGUAUUUCUAAAUAUUUUAUUUGAGCUGUCGUAUGCCUUAGUCACCCUAACCCUUAGACAAUGUGGAUCUGAAUAUAUUGUAUUGGGUCUUUAAACUGGUCUCAAUCAGGUUCAAGGUCACUUUACACAUAGUUUACACCACAAAGACUUUAUCGUGUGCAGGCAACUCUGUUCAGCCUUUCAAGAAGACAUUCGGAGAAAACGUGUAGUCAUCAGCAAAGAAACUGUUUUUCAAAAAUACCUUUUGUGCAUGCCUCCUGUGUUGUGUAAUUUUGUUUUCUGAUGACAGUCCUGCUUUGUGCUGUAUAGUGUCUGACUGUAUUGUUGCAAUAGGUCAUGCUCUGUUAAAUACCGGGCUCCAAAAAUGACCACUAUUCAAGAAAUAAAGACGAUAUUAUUAACUAAUUCAUCACAUGAACAAAUAGAGAAAAAAAUAGAGUAAGAACUAAUAAUGGUUAUUUAAUUAAAUAUAACUCAAUAUUAGGCUUUAUUUUAGCUGUUGCUGAGCCUGCUAAGAGGCUGGCACCACAUGAUCGUUUUCAUGUCACAGAGGAAAAUAUACUUCUUUAAAAUCAUUUCAAAUUGUAUUAGUUUGCAUGCUUUUCUGUACUUUUUCAUUUGACGAUUUAGUUACAAUAAUGUCUUAUUCAUUGUUUUUUAUUUUGUAGUUCCAUAUUAAAGUUAUGAUUCAACCGGUAGGACCAAAAUAUCACUCACUCACAUCAGCUUCAAUAUAGCAAAGCCUCGUUUAUUCAAAACCUGUGGGAGGAGAGCGAUUAUCAAAGUGACCUGUGCAGAAUAUUAAAUUUUAUGAGACCAAAGGUAAUACUGUUUAUAAAACAUGAUGUUUUUCUGUAAAAUCACAUUUCUAUUUUUUUUUUAAAUUAUAUUGUGAAUUGACGGCACUUAGUUUGACUAGUUCAGCUUUUAAAACCUUAAUAUAUUCUGCUUUUAGCUCCUUUGGGUAACUUUGAGCGACUCCUAGUGAAGUAUCAAACUGGGAUUACAGUCAAACACUCACGCUGUUACAAUCAUUUGAUUAUUUUAAGACAUAUCAUUUUGUUGUGCAGCGUCAGUCACGGUUUCAGCGAUGGUUUCCCACUCAAGAGGAGUUCAUAUAGUAGGAUUGAUUGUGUGUUUCCAUGUUGCAAAGGAAGAACGUCAAUAUUACACUUAGUGUUUUGGCCUUGGAUGCAUUUCAUCUGGGAGUAAAUUUGUUUUUGGUCCCUGUAGAAUAUAUAUAUUGAUCAGAUUUAGAGGAGGUGAGCGGUGUGAUUUCUUGUUUUGUCCGUUUAUCUUAAAUAUGAAGCUUAUGUUUAAAUCUAUAGUGAGGACGUUGCUGUUUUUGUCUUCUGUUUAUGUCACCUCUGUACAUACUUUAAACAAAGAGCUGCAAGAAAAUAGUGUGCUGACUGAAAUCACACAAUUCUCAGACGAUGUUUCAAAGGUAGCAUUGAUUUCAGAGGGCCUUGGGGCCGCAUUCAUUGUGUAAGGCUGCACAAUGUAAUAUCCUUAUUGUCCACCACUCCGCCUUAUUAAGCCAGAGGUUGAGCUUUGAAAGAUUGUGUGCUUGUGAGUACCCACGCUCCUCUGGGACUAAGAAUGUCAACCUUGUGGCUAUUGUUUUAGCCUUGAUGUUUUGCUUUCUGCCUCCCCGGAUGGUCCCACGGGGGACGGCUGUAGGAUUGAGGGUUUGAUGCAGUGCACGGCUUAGGUGAAAUGAAAGGUGGUGCUCGCAAUUUCUAGGAGCCUAAGCCUUGAAAAUCCAAAGAGAUGUGUAUAUAAUACCAGGAAAAUAUCAUCAGCUCCACCCUUCUCUCGCUUCAUAAGCAACGGUUUACAGCGUUAUAGAAGCCGAGCUUUUGUUUGUCUGUGUUGAAUUGACUGAGCUGAGUGUGUUUACAGCUUUACCGGCGUGAGUGCUCCCCGGCAAACAGAGCUUCCUUAUUUAUUCAUGAGCAGGACAUUCACAAUAUCCCAACCCGUCAUCGACGCUUAAACGAGGGCAUGUCUCCACCAUCUCUCUCUCUCUCUCUCUCUCUCUCUCUCUAUAUAU